AUGUCGGGGCGGGCGAGUCUUCUGCAAGCCAAGCUCAUGAUACCGGGCACGGACAUGACAUUCGUGGAGUACAAUGCUGACCAGGAGCUUUGUUAUUGUUGGGGCUGCGCGCGCUGUGCACAGACUCCGAAGGAGGAAGCAUCCAACAUGGUGCGAGGCUGCGAUCCAGCGCGAGUAGACAAUCUGGCGCGGCAUGCAAGCGCCAAGCAGCACCAAGCCGCCCUGCAACAGCUUGGUUUCCUGCCACAAGAUGAUGCUCCACCAUUGGAGGCACCAGAAGUGGCGACGCUCCACAUAGAUUGCAGCACUUUGGCAUCAGCUGAGAGCAUCAUGCUGCAAGUCGACAUUCGUGACAUGAAGCUCUGUGUACGCUUCCAAGCAUGCACGGAGGAUCUGAAGGUUCAUCGCGGGGUGCUGGGUUUUGAAAGCGUCUGCUCCAACUCCCAUGAGGAGGUGAUGCGCAGCAUACAGAAGGCGUUGACCCGCCUGUGUUCUUUGGAAGGCACAUUGGAUGCCGAAGGUCUGGAAGCGCUGCGAGACCGUGUGGAUGUUCUGAACGGGGACGAAGCUUCAGACAUGCAGCUGGCACUGACGGAGCUGCAACAAAGCACACUCUGCACGCCGAAUCUUGUCCCGACCAUGGUCACCGUCCACGAUGUCUACCAGAAUGCGAUAGCCGGGAAGCACUCCAUCACGAGUACCAUUCAACACUCCGGAGUUGUGGCGCAUAAAUUUCAACAGCAUUGCCAGGCCAUGGAGAGCGCACCGAGCACGGCCAGACGGCUCAAAAACCUGUCUUUAGCAAAGCAUCGAUUCGACAGAGUUGAGAAACCGUUGUCCAGAUUUUGUUUAUAUCUUGAUGCCUUCCUCCUCACUGCGAUCUCCGUCUCAGCUUCCCCGACGAGUCAGCUGCGAGGGCGCGGCCAAGGCUUCCUGGAAUGGGUCACGGAAGAGAAGAUCCUGCUCCUAGGGCUACUGGCUGACUUGUCCGACGAGUGCCUGAUGUUCACUCGUGUGUACGAUCAUGAGCGCUAUGAGGCUUCCUUGAUGCACAGCUCGUGCCAGGCGUUUGUGUCGAAACUUCGAUGGCUAUAUGUCAAGGAGCAUGCCUGGGAGCUUGGCUACACAGCUCAUGUGCUGGAGCAGCUGAAGCCCCCGUGCGGCUUCACGCUGAACGGCCGGGCCCGAACGAUUGGGGGUCGCAGCCGGGUUACACCAGCCAUCAAAGCGCGCUGCAUGCAAGCGCUAGAAACGUUGGAAGCUGUGUUCCCUUCGUUCGAACUUUUGGCUUGCUUUCAUAUCUUGAAUGUCGCUCCUAAUGUGGAUGUGCGCUUGGAGGAGGACGAGCUGGCCGAAGAAAUCCGUGCACACGAGGCGAUUGCUCGCCAUGAGGCGUCUCAGGGGCGCAGCACGUUUGACGCCUGGAAGCAGGCCGUGCUGCGAACGUCCGCAUGUCAGCGGGCCGUGCGUGAGCACUUCCCAUGCGACAACCUCUGGAAGCUGCUGACACGCUAUGACGCUAUGGUGCAUGGAGUGGUGCUUCCACUUCCGGCAUUGAGCAGUUGUUCAGUCGGGUGUGUGACCACAGCUGAUCGUGCGUGUUUGACUGGGGAAAACCUUUUCUACGCAGUGAAAGUGUUGGCAGAUGUUACUAAGGCAAACCAGAAGGACAUUUGUGAGCUUGAGCAAAUGUGCUGGGCUUUGAUCUCUGACGCGCCUCGCAAGUCAAGCACCUCCCGCAUCGACAAGGGCGUGCCGCGGAAGCGGCAGUGCGGCACUGAAGUGGACUUCAAGAAGAAACGCCGCAUGGCACUCACAGAUGCAGCGGAGAUGGUGCCGAUUGCAACGACCCGUGAGGAGGUGACUCGGCUGACAGAGGAGCUCAUCCAAGCCGACGAGCCCGUCUUGCAGGAGCUGGGGUUCCAGCACGCGAAGCAGUCCCGAAACCAGAUUGUGGCAUUCUUGGAUGGGGCUCUCACAGAAGCAGACAUACCGCAGGGCCUGGAGGAUGUUGCUCAGGCGUUCUUGGAGCAUCGCGACCACCUGAAGCAUCAGCGGACCUUGUCGGCCCGCGCCUACUCCCGUGUCAUGAGGCCUGACGCCCCAAGACUGGCAAGCCGGAUAAUUUUCUUGCAAAAGGACGACUGGGCAAACAAGGUUUGGGCGCGGAAAUUGCAGUUGUGUGCGCGCUUGGAAGAUGCCACAGCGAUACUUUGGACAGUAGCGUUGCAAGGAGGCGUUGUUGUGGACUGUGUCUAUAUGCAGAGUCAGAGGGCAGCGAAGGAGCAGCGGACACAUACAGCAGUGCCACUGAGACACGCCGCCGUGUUUUCAUCGACGAUGACUGGGCAGCAGGCAACGCAACUCUUGCAGAGAUUGUACUGA